UGCUGCCCUGCAUGGGAGCCUCCGAGCCUGGACUCAGCCCUCUCCCCCAGAAAUUGCAUCCAGACUGCUGGGACAAGGUCUUGGAAGAGCUUCUGGAGCGUUACUGAAGGAGAGAAAAUUUGCCAGGAGUGAUUAAAGACAAUGGAUCCAGACUUUUUAAAUGCAUUUACACAGCCUUCUACACUUGAUCGAUUCCUAACUGAGAAUGUCAUCGCUAAAGGCGAGAAGAGGAAACUCAUAAAGCCGACCUCAAGCAACAACCCCAGACUGGAAGAAUUGAAACUGUUCUUAACUGAUUGGAUCAAUGGAACUCUGAAAGAGGAACACAUAGUAGUUAAAAGUCUGGAGGAAGAUCUGUAUGAUGGGCUGGUACUUCAUCAUCUCCUGGAAAACUUAGGCUCUCUCAAGCUGGAUGUUGAGAAGAUUGCAUUGACAGAAAAAAAACAGCGACAGAAACUCUCUGUGAUUCUGGAAGCUGUGGCCAAGUGUUUGCAACUGGAAGAAAGUCAGCUGAAAUGGAGUGUGGAAUCUAUCUUGGCAAAGGACUUACUGAGCACACUGCAUCUUCUGGUUGCAAUAGCAAAGCACUUUGAACCCACCCUGGCUCUGCCUCCAAAUGUUCAAGUGGAGACAAUCAUCAUCGAGACCACCUCCGGAGGAUUAAAGACAUCAAAUGCAGUGGAAUAUAUCACAGAAAACAAGGAGACCAAAGGAGCGCAGUCAAAAGAUGAUGCCUUUGAUGAAUUAUUUAGCUGUGCUCCAGAUAAACUGGAUGCUGUAAAAAAGGCACUUUUGCAAUUUGUUGACCAGCAUGUUGGAAAAUUAGGAUUAAAUGUGAAAGACAUUGAAUCUCAGUUUUCAGAUGGGGUUAUCUUACUUCUCCUAACUGGACAACUUGAGGGUUACUUUCUGAAUUUAAGGAAUUUCUUCCUGACUCCAGCCAGCACCAUGGAGAUGCUCCACAAUGUUAACCUGGCACUGGAGUUGCUAGCAGAGGGAGGCCUUCUGAAUUUCCCUGUGAACUCUGAAGAUAUUGUGAACGGAGAUACGAAGGCUAUAAUGCGAGUUCUGUAUUCCUUGUAUUCCAACUACAGAACCAAGGAAGCAUGAAGAGCAAGGCCAAGAGCUUGAGAUGCCUUCUUUUUGGGCUUUUUUUUUUUGUCCCUAGCAGACCAUGGUGUGGUUUUUGGAUUCCCAGCUUUGUUUGCCACUGCUCCUGGGCAUUCACUGGUGUUUGACACUUGCUAUGUUAACACUGUAUAGCAAAUAUGUUGUUCAUGCAAGGUUUCACAUACAUAGCCUGAACAACUGUAAUGUAUGUCCAGAGCUGGAGUAAUUCUAGGGCUGCAGCUCUUGUUCCAGAUCCUGCCCUCUGUAUUCUCUGAGCUCCCCAAUGCUGCAAAGAAAUUAAAUGUGUGUUUAUUUUGGGCCCUG